UUACGAUACAGCUGCCAUUGUUGUAGCAAAAUCUCCCAACUGAAGCAAAUAAUUCAUGGCAACCAUGUCGGCUACUACCACCACCCCUACAGCCCUUUUACACAAGCCAUUGCUGCCGAGGGUUCCAUCCCCAGUUGCCAUUGGGUUGCCGAAAAUGGAAAAGAGGGGGAACGUGAAGGUGAUGUGUAGCAUGGAGAAGAAGGGUACUUCAUUCUCAGAGGAGAAUGGUUCAACUAUGGGCAAGAGUGCAUCUUUGGUGGCAGCAGCCUGUGCAGCGACCGUGUCAAACCCAGCCAUGGCUUUAGUGGACGACAGAAUGUCAACUGAAGGAACCGGACUUCCCUUUGGACUGAGCAACAACGUUCUGGGGUGGAUCCUGUUCGGUGUAUUCGGCUUGAUUUGGGCACUCUACUUUGUCUACACAUCCUCCCUUGAAGAGGAUGAGGAAUCUGGAUUGUCGCUCUAAAUGCCAAACCUUUUUUCUUUUCCUUUGAUUGUUGUUCACUGCCUCGGAUGAAUGUAGGAAAUGAAAAUCAAAGGAAUUUGGCUUUCCUAUGUUGUAGUAAAACUACUAUUUUUUCUGCAUGGAUUAAGUGUGCUCUGCUAUCUUUUUUAUUUUUGUU